AUGUUUGGUAAUAAGCACUUCCUGAUCCUUCUGAUGGGCCUGGCGAUUUGCUCGCAGGGAAUAGGUAUCAGGAGAGUUCCAGUAGAGGUGUACAUUUCUGAAGCUGGGAGAAGGAAGUUUCUUGAUAAAGGUAGAAGUAUUGAAGACAUUGUGGGAAGUGUUGCUGAGGAGCUGGAGCAGAAGAUGAAUGAACAUGUAUAUGCAGAUAGGGCAAGCACAGACAAACGAAAGUUUCACUUCGACUGGAGUGUUAGUGGAAUGACAUCUCCCGAGAUCGACUUGGAUAAAUGUGGAAAGGACACAAGCCGAUUCCAAUACGAUCUGGUUCAAGCAGCUAGAGAUAAGCCAGGGGCAUCGAUAAUUCUUCUCUAUACCUGCGAGUCUGAAGGAUAUAGUGAGGACUUUAUUCUGGCAGGGCAGAAGACACCUCUCGUUAUUCAGAGGAAGUAUCCUGAGUGCUCAAACGAUGUGGCAACAUUCACGGAGACUGAGCCAAUGAAGAUUGAGUCUAUAAUUGCCAAUGCUCUGUUUAUCACAGCCGGAUCUCCCUUGAAUGACAUGGUAGAAUUCGAAGAAGUGGACAAUGGGAGAGAUGGAUUCAAAAGAGAUAUACGCUUAAAGACGACAGAUUUCUCGCUUUUUUCCGGUGGGAUCUGCCACUAA